AUGUCCGUCAGCAGCCACGAGAACCGAAAAUCCCGCUCGAGCUCCGGCUCCAUGAACAUCCAUCUCUUCCACAAACCGGGCCAUGCCGACAGCCUCCUCACUCACCUCAACCUGCUCCGCAAGCGGCACCUCUUCACCGAUGUGGUGCUGCGGGCCGGCAACCAGGCCUUCCACUGCCACCGGGCUGUGCUGGCCUCCUGCAGCCACUACUUUGAGGCCAUGUUCAGCGGGGGCCUGAAAGAGAGCCGAGACGCCGAGGUCAACUUCCACGACUCCCUGCACCCCGAGGUGCUGGAGCUGCUGCUGGACUACGCGUACUCAGCCCGGGUGCUGAUUAACGAGGAGAAUGCCGAAUCCUUGCUGGAGGCUGGGGACAUGUUGCAGUUUCAGGACAUUCGGGAUGCUUCAGCUGACUUUUUGGAGAAGAAUCUCUACCCAGGGAAUUGUUUGAACAUGCUGUUGCUGUCCGAUGCUCACUGCUGCGAGCGGCUGCUGGAGCUGUCCUGGAGGAUGGCGUUGGCCAACUUCACCUCACUCUGCAAGACCGAAGACUUCCUCCGCCUGCCCAAAGACAAGCUGCUGGAGCUGGUGGAGAGUGAAGAGCUGGAGGUAGAGGAUGAGACACUGGUCUACGAAGCCGUUAUGGGUUGGAUCCGGUACGAUUUGCCCCGUCGCCAUGAAGUCCUGCCAGAGCUGCUGCGCUCCGUCCGCCUGGCCCUGCUGCCCGAGUCCUACCUGCGGAAACACGUGGCCUGCGAGAAGCUGGUGACCAGCCACAAGCUGGGGGAGGAGAUCGUGGCUGAUGCCAUACGCUGCAAAAUGAAGAUCCUGCAAAACGAUGGGCUCGUGACGGGGUGCUGCGCCCGACCCCGCAAGGUCAACCAGGCCCUGUUGCUGCUCGGCGGCCAGACCUUCAUGUGCGACAAGAUUUACAUGCUGGAUCAUAAAACCAGCGAGAUCAUUCCUCGCGCCGACAUCCCGAGCCCUCGCAAAGAGUGCAGCGCCUGUGCCAUCGGCUGCAAAGUGUACAUCACCGGCGGCAAAGGCUCCGAAAACGGCGCUUCCAAAGACGUCUGGGUUUAUGACACCCUCCACGACGAGUGGGCAAAAGCUGCUCCCAUGCUGGUGGCGCGGUUUGGCCACGGCUCAGCGGAGCUGGACCACUGCCUGUAUGUGGUGGGGGGUCACACAGCAGUGAGUGGGGCCUUCCCAGCCUCUCCCUCUGUCUCUCUGAAGCAAGUGGAGCACUACGACCCGCAGCUGGACAAAUGGUCCUUGGUGGCUCCUCUCCGAGAAGGCGUGAGCAACGCCGCCGUGGUGGGAGCCAAAAUGAAGCUGUUUGUUUUUGGCGGCACCAGCGCCAACCAGGAGAAGCUGCCCAAGGUGCAGUGCUUCGAUCCCCGCCAAAAUCGCUGGACGGUGCCCGCCAGCUGCCCCCAACCGUGGCGGUACAAGGGCAGCCACAUCAUCGUCAUUGGUGGGGACACGGAGUUCUCCGCCAGCUCCGCUUACCGCUUCCACAGCGACACCUACCAGUGGUCCAAAUUUGGGGACGUCACUGCCAAGCGCAUCAGCUGUCGCGCCGUGACGUCAGGUAACAGACUCUACGUGGUGGGGGGCUACUGCGGGGCGCAGCGCUGCAAAACGCUGGACUGUUACGACCCAUCGUCCGACACCUGGAGCAGCGUCACCACUGUCCCCUAUUCCCUCAUCCCCACCGCCUUCGUCAGCACCUGGAAGUACCUUUCUGCCUGA